UCACCAUGGAUAUUCCCAUUCAACAUCCCUGGUACCGCAAGGCCUUCCCAAACCGCCUCACUGACCUCUACUUGGCAGAACCAUUGACUGACUGGCCCUUCUUUUGGUCCUUGCCACGGAUCCGCCCGUCCUUCCUGCACUGGUUUAACUGGCUCGAUGAUGGACACAGUGAGAUGCACAUGGAGAAAGAUCGCUACGUCAUUCAUCUUGACGUGAAGCAUUUCUCCCCUGAUGAGCUGUCGGUCAGCGUCAGUGACGACUUCAUCACAGUGCAUGCCAAACAUGAGGAGAGACUGGACAAUCAUGACUUCGUGUCCAGAGAGUUCCUUCGAAAGUACAGGCUUCCAUCUGGUGUGUUGGCAGCUGACGUCACCUCCACCCUGUCAUCUGACGGCAUGUUGACGAUCAUGGCACCACGGUCAUCUCCUAGACUGGAACGCAGUAUUCCCAUCACUUUUGAUGAUGGAACACAGAAACAAAAACAGUAG